AUUCAUUCCAGAAGUAAGUGCUCUAUUAUUAUGUUUUUUCACCGUGUAAUUACGGGAUUUGUGUUAUUAUUUAUAACUGUAAUCACAAACGGUGAGGAAAAAUUAUGUAGAGUCAGGGACACUCCGGGAUUGAUUCCCCGCGAAAUUUGGGAAUUUUGGACAGGGUACUAUUGUUACAACUAUUCGAAUAACUAUCGUCUCUUAUUCAAAUACAAUGUAACUAGAGGAAAAUACAACGGAUCUACCAUACCCCUCGCUCGGAUUAAUUCUACAACAGUCGUUCCGUUUGACUACCGCAACUCCAUUUCCCGCUCAUGCAUCCGCGAAUCCUUCAAAACCGACCAUUUUUUCCAAAUGUGGGUUGACUGCUGUGAAGAAGCCGUCGACUGUUGUGACAACUUCAUGACCAAUGACAACAUCCAACCAAACUCGGAAUACCCAUGCCCAGCAAUAUGGGACGGCUGGAGUUGUUGGGGCCCUGCCAAAGCCGACACUGUUGAAAAAAUGAAGUGUUCAACUCAGGCAUACUCAACCGAUUCGGAUGUGUGCGAAUUGAUGAGCGAAAAAACAUGCUUCGCUAAUGGUACAUGGAACCAAAAAACCGACUACGAGGUGUGUGCCGUGGCUCCAAUUCUCCGGAAUCGGCACACUUUUAAUGUUAUUAUGUUGGCAGUAGCGACCGUGUUGUCGUUUCCAGCAGUCGUAAUUUUUUUCAGUUUCCGGAGCUUCCGGAAGAAUUUGAGAUUGAUUUUUCACCGGAAUCUUCUCCUAGUUAUCAUAAUAAGAAACCUUUUAACUAUAAUGUCAAAGGAGAUUAUUAUUUUGGACGCUUUGGAGUCGUCAGAAUCUAACCAUGUGAUGGACGGUAACGGAGUGGCUUGUCGAGUUCUAGCCUUUUUUGAAAAUGCCGCCAAAAAUGGGAUGUACGCGUGCAUGUUAGCCGAUGGGUUUUAUCUCCACAAAUCGAUUGUGAGGGUAUUUGCUGACGAGCCUAACAUUAUCUACAUUUAUGCAAUUGUUUUAACUUUAACUUUUUUGCCAUCGCUUAUUUGGGCGAUAACACGUGCUGUUCAUGAAGGAACCGACUGUUGGAUGGUUGAUGACAGCUCAAAUGAUCAAUGGAUUCCAGAUGGUUUCCGUAUUGCAAUCCUUGCAAUAAAUUUCUUAUUAUUAUUUGACAUAAUCAGAGUCAUGGCUAUGAAAUUAAAACGGGGGAAUACCAGCCAACAAACAAAAGCAACACUACGCGCCACAUUAUUUCUCAUUCCACUAUUUGGAGUUCAUAUUAUUUUUAUUACAAACCGAAACAUUGUCCCAAGUCACACUUGUCAAGCCGAAGAUAUUUACUAUUAUUUGAGUUAUGUAAUGGAAGCUUUGCAGGGAGUUAUGGUUGCUAUUCUCUUCUGUUACAUAAAUGCAGAGGUCCGUGGAGAGUUGAAAAAUGGUUUUAGGAAAUUUAUUUUAUACCUGGAAUCGAGGUUUGGAAUUACAUUUGGGAAAGUAAGAGAUAUACACAGAAGACCAACAGCAGCAACUUAUUGUUAAUAUUUUUAAGAAAAACAAGUUACUCGAUAUUCUAAAAAAAAAUCUCUUAAAAAAUGUAAUAUUUUAUUUUAUUUAUGUUUAGCGUUUCAAUAAACCUCUUUAUUAUAAUUCUUUUAAUAAAAAUAUUAA